AUGCCCGUUGCCGAAGGCACCCCGCAAACUCUCUACGACAAGGUCCUCCAGGCCCACGUCGUAGACGAGAAGUUGGACGGCACGAUCCUGCUGUACAUUGACAGACAUCUCGUGCAUGAGGUCACCUCUCCUCAAGCAUUUGAGGGUCUGAAGAAUGCAGGCCGCAAGGUCCGCCGACCGGACUGCACCCUCGCGACCACCGAUCACAAUGUCCCCACUUCGUCACGGAAAGGCAUGAAGGACAUUGGCUCCUUCAUUGCCGAAGAUGACUCCAGAGUCCAGUGCAUGACCCUCGAGGAGAAUGUCAAGGACUUUGGCCUCACAUACUUUGGUCUCGGCGACAAGCGCCAGGGCAUCGUCCACGUUAUCGGCCCCGAGCAGGGCUUCACCCUCCCCGGCACCACCGUCGUCUGCGGUGACAGUCACACCUCGACCCACGGCGCCUUCGGUGCCCUGGCUUUCGGUAUCGGUACCAGUGAGGUCGAGCACGUCCUCGCCACCCAGUGCUUGAUCACCAAGAGGAGCAAGAACAUGCGGAUACAGGUCGACGGAGAGCUUGCCCCCGGCGUCAGCUCAAAGGAUGUUGUCUUGCACGCCAUUGGCAAGAUCGGAACGGCUGGCGGUACCGGUGCCGUUAUCGAGUUCUGCGGUUCAGUCAUCCGUAGCCUCAGCAUGGAGGCCCGCAUGUCCAUCUGCAACAUGUCCAUCGAGGGUGGUGCGAGAGCCGGCAUGGUCGCUCCCGACGACAUCACCUUCGAGUACCUGAAGAACCGCCCCCUGGCCCCCAAGUACAACUCGGACGAGUGGCACAAGGCCGUCAAGUACUGGAAGUCUCUCCAGUCCGACGCCGACGCAAAGUACGACAUUGAUGUCUUCAUUGACGGCAAGGACAUCAUCCCCACCAUCACCUGGGGCACCAGUCCCGAGGACGUCAUCCCCAUCACCGGCGUCGUCCCCGACCCCGAGACCUUCUCCACUGAGAACAAGAAGGCCGCCGGCCGCAGAAUGCUCGAGUACAUGGGCCUGACCCCCGGAACCCCCAUGGAGGAUAUCCCCGUCGACAAGGUCUUCAUCGGUUCCUGCACAAAUUCCCGUAUCGAGGACUUGCGCGCCGCGGCCCACAUCGUCAAGGGCAAGAAGAUUGCGGCGAACAUCAAGCGCGCCAUGGUCGUCCCCGGCUCUGGUCUCGUCAAGACUCAGGCCGAGGCCGAGGGCUUGGACAAGAUUUUCGAGGCCGCCGGCUUCGAGUGGCGUGAGGCCGGUUGCAGUAUGUGCUUGGGCAUGAACCCCGAUAUCCUGGCCGCCAAGGAGAGAUGCGCGUCCACCAGCAACAGAAACUUUGAGGGUCGCCAGGGUGCCGGCUCCCGCACCCAUCUCAUGUCCCCCGUGAUGGCUGCUGCUGCCGGUAUCGUCGGCAAGCUGGCUGACGUCAGAAAGCUCGAGGGUUACCAGACGAGCCCUAAGCUCCAGGCCACCAUUACCCCCGACAGCGAACCCCAGGUUGACGAGCGGGUCGAGGAGAGCGACGCUGAGAAGGAGGCCAUCGCCGACCAGCCCGAGGACAACGAACCCCACACCAACACUAUUUCUGCCGGUAGCUCCGCUGGUCUUCCCAAGUUCACCAACCUCAAGGGUAUCGCCGCUCCCCUGGAGAUGUCCAACGUCGACACCGACGCCAUCAUCCCCAAGCAGUUCCUCAAGACCAUCAAGCGCACUGGUCUCGGCAACGCCCUCUUCUACGCCCUCCGCUUCAACGAGGACGGUUCCGAGAACCCCAACUUCGUUCUGAACAAGGACCCCUACCGCAGCUCCAAGAUCCUCGUCGUCACCGGUCCCAACUUUGGCUGCGGUUCGUCGAGAGAGCACGCCCCCUGGGCCCUCAACGAUUUCGGCAUCCGCUGCGUCCUCGCGCCCUCGUACGCCGACAUCUUCUUCAACAACACCUUCAAGAACGGCAUGCUGCCAAUCAUUAUGGAGGACAAGGAGAAGCUGGAGAAGAUUGCCGCCGAGGCGCGCGCCGGCCGCGAAGUCGAGAUCGACUUGCCCAACCAGCUCAUCAAGGACGCCGACGGCAACACCCUCGCCUCUUUCGACGUUGAGGAGUUCCGGAAACAUUGCCUCAUUAACGGCCUCGAUGAUAUCGGCCUGACCAUGCAGCAGAACGACAAGAUUGCCGACUACGAGCGCCGCAUGUCCCAGCUCACCCCCUGGCUCGACGGCACCAACUACCUCAAGAGGGAUCCCAAGACCGGUCGCCUCCUCGCCAAGGCCGUCCCCGUCCCCAAGACGAACCGGGGUGAGACCAAGAAGGAGCCUCUUGAGUGGUAA